GUGUAUUAAAAUUAGCACUUAACUGGCAAAGGCGGGGUUACUGCCUUCAACUGCCACUGUGUUGUAACCGCCGCCCUGCCCGCAGCACCGCCCGGCUAAUGAAUAUUCAUAUAUUGCCUUACUAUGUUGUCUCAUAUCGGCCGAGUCCCGGACGCUACUGCGCAUGUGCGGGAUUUCUCACUACACCCGGAAGCGGUCUUCAGCGCUGCUUCAUUCGUCCGGAGCAGCGAUUAAGUAUUUACAUGGCUAUUUUACCAUUGCUACUUUUGGUCCUCGGCGUCUUUCCAGUAAAUGAAGCAACCGCUCAAAAGCCAAACAUAUUGUUGUUUUUGGCUGAUGACCUUGGAAUCGGAGAUGUUGGUUGUUAUGGGAAUGACACUAUAAGGACUCCUAACAUUGAUAGACUGGCCAAGGAAGGUGUAAAGCUAACUCAUCACAUUUCUGCAGCUUCUUUAUGUUCCCCAAGUAGAUCAGCAUUUAUGACGGGCCGAUAUCCUAUCCGAACAGGCAUGACUGGUCAUCACAAUGGCAAGGUGCUAUUGUGGAAUGCUGCAUCUGGAGGACUUCCCACAAAUGAAACAACAUUUGCCAAAAUCUUGAAAGAGCAAGGUUAUUCUACAGGAAUCCUUGGCAAAUGGCAUCUCGGUGUAAACUGUGAGUCUAGCGAUGACUUCUGCCACCAUCCAUUAAACCAUGGCUUUGAUUAUUUUUAUGGCACCCCGUUCUCGCUCUUUAAUGACUGUGAAGUCUCAAGGGAAAGUGAGAUGCCUAUGUAUAAUAAACAGUUACAGGCCCAGAUAUUCCUUAUCACAGUGCUUACACUUAUAGUUGGCAAGAUCUGGAAAUUCAUCCACAUCCCCUGGAAAAUGAUUGUGAUCUGUACCUUGGCUGGUUCACUGUACUUCAUGUAUUGGUUUAUUGCCUUUGGAUUUAUGCCAUAUUGGAACUGUAUACUUAUGAGGAACUUUGAAAUAGUUGAACAACCAAUGGACCUAGACAAAAAAGCCACGCAAAUCGUUCGGGAGGCCAAGGCAUUUAUUAACAGGAACAAAGAUGGACCGUUCCUCCUUUUUGUAUCCUUCCUUCAUAUCCACACUCCUCAUUAUACUACAAAGGAGUUCAGAGGGAGAAGCAAGCAUGACUUAUAUGGAGACAACAUAGAGGAAAUGGACUGGAUGCUUGGUCAAAUCCUUGACUCUAUUGAUCAAGAAGGUUUAAUAAACAAUACACUGACUUACUUUGCUUCUGACCAUGGUGGAUACUUGGAAGGAAUGAUUGGAAGCCUUCACCUUAAAGGCAGCAAUGGCAUUUACAGGGGUGGUAAAGGUAUGGGAGGUAUGGAAGGUGGUAUACGAGUGCCAGGAAUUCUACGGUGGCCAAAUGUUCUUCCUGCAAAUGCUAUAAUUGAUAAACCAACAAGUCUUAUGGAUAUUUUUCCAACAGUAGUUAAACUUGGAGGAGGCAUGCUGCCAAAAGACAGAAUAAUUGAUGGCAAAGAUAUGAUGCCACUUCUGCAAGGAUUCGUAUCUAUCUCUGCUCAUGAAUUUAUGUUUCACUACUGUGAAGAGUACUUGCAUGCAGUUCGAUGGCAACAAACCCGCAUAGAAACUGUUUGGAAGGUUCAUUACAUUUCUCCAAAAUUUAGUCCAGAAGGAGCUGGGGCAUGUUAUGGUUCCAAGUUCUGCACCUGUAGCGGUGAAAAGGUGAUCUACCAUGUGCCACCAUUGCUUUACAAUCUCUCCAAUGAUCCUUCAGAGAAGAACCCUCUUUCUAAUGAUUCAGAACUAUACCGCGAAGUGCUGCAAACCAUACAGGAGGCUGUAGUGCGCCAUAAUGCUACUCUACAUCCGGUACCCCAGCAGCUGUAUGGAUUAAACAAUCUAUGGGAUCCUCGGCUGCAGCCGUGCUGUGGGACCUUUCCAUUCUGCUGGUGCAAUAAAGAAACGGAUUAAUGAUUGUUACAUAGAAAUGUAUUGCUUAUGUAAACCUUACAAAGAAUGUUUUUAGAGUUUGGCAUCUUUUGUUACUACUUUUAGACAGUUUACACA